UGACAAACAGGGGUUUGAACUUCCUGGUGUAGGCGCCUAUAUAGCGCGGGCCCCGCGGUGUCGAUGGCACAGCUGCAGCUGCCGGUGGUCGCGCUGGACUCCACUACCAACCCUGGCAUCAGUCCCGACAGUCAGGCCAGCUGCUCUUAAUCAAGGCUUCAACGGGCGAAGACGAGUUUUAAGAGGAAGCUGACGGCCUGAGUGGAUCUUGUGAAGAGCACGACUCCAGCAACACCAGCCACCAACAUGGCCUCCAGCCUCGUCCUGGCUUUUGUGGUGGUCGGCUUAGUGAACUGCGCCAUCAGCAGCCCCGACAACAACGUGGAGAGCAUGGUCGGCAGCGUCACCGACUACCCUGUCGGCGAUCCCCGCCGCUGCUUUGAAAUGGCGAGAAAAAACGGGUACAAGAUGGCGGGGUUUGAAGUGUUACCUGGCUUCGGUUGGGACAACCUGAGGAACGUGGACCAGGGCCAGGUGGUCAACUUCAACUACUCUCAGUGUCGAACCACGGACGACAUGCGCUUCCUGCUGCCGGACUCAGUCAGCACGGUGCCGGUCAAGACCAGCUCAGUCGCCAUCUUUGCCGAGCUCUUCACUCACUGGAGUAACUGGACGAGCACGACGUCCAAAAGCAUCAACGUGGAGGCGGGGCUAGACCUGAGCAAGGUGGCCAUCAGCGGCAAGUUCUCGGACAGCUUUCAAGACAUGAAGAGCAAGGCGAUCGGUGAUAAAUCCAUGGCAACGCGGUCACAGGUUCGAUACACCAGGUACGUGGUUCAGCUGCAGCCAGACAGUCCACUGCACCCGACUUUCCGCGGUCGUCUGCUGGACAUCGCUGCGGCCCAUCAGUUGAACCAGACGAAGAUGGCGCGCUACCUCUCGCAGCUGCUCGUGAGAGACUUCGGCACUCAUGUCGUCACCAGGGCCGAGGCUGGUGCAACCCUCGUUCAGGUUGAUCACCUGAAGGAGGACUGGGUGACUAAGUACGCGGACCAAAAGUCGUCCAUCCUGGCCGCGGCAUCAGUUACCCUCUUCUCCGUCUUCCACAUGUCGGUGUCCUAUGGAACCAGCACUGACAAUAGUUUUACUACCAGCUACCAGACUAACCGCACCUCGUCUGUCGUGAAGACCAUGGGGGGACCGUCCUACCGUCCCUCCAACUUUACACCCGACGCCUGGGCUGUUUUAGUAGAUGGUGACCUCGUGGCCGUUGACCGAGCCGGUGACCCGCUGCACUUCAUCGUGACGUCAACCGCGUUGCCGGAGCUGCCGGCGUCCACCCUGGCUCAGGUGGCCGGGUCGGUCCAAGAGGCUGUGGAUGCGUACUACUCCUUCAACACGAUACCCGGAUGUAUGAACCCCUCGUCUCCAAACUUUGCUCCAGCCGCCAACAUAGAGGACGGCUCCUGCCACCCGAUUGUCUCCAAUAUGACAUUUGGCGGGGUGUUCCAGACUUGCACCAUGUCCCCGAAUUCCAACGAUGGGGACUUGUGCCAGGGCAUGUCUCAGGUGAACCCCUUAACAGGCACCUACUCGUGUCCCCCCAACUAUCAGCCCGUGCUUCUGCACAGUGACACGAUGCAAACCAGUCGCUCGGUGCACAGCUGCCACAGCUGCUGGCUUUUCUUCCAUUGUUGCCAUGACGACUAUUACCACAGCGAAGGCACUUACAGCAUGUACUGGUGCGCGGCCAGCGGUCCCAUCCCCGACCACACUGGUUACCUGUUCGGAGGGCUGUACACGUCACAUGUAGCUAACGGUGUGACGCAGUCCAUGUCGUGCCCUCCGACCUUCUUCGCCCUGAAGCUGGGCUCCGGCCUUGACCUGCACGUGUGCGUCAGCGACGACUUCGAGCUCGGGACGGAGAACGCCGUGCCCUUCGCUGGCUUUAUCAGCUGCGCCGCCGGGAACCCCCUGGUGGUGGGAGGGAAGCCAGGCAGCGAGAAGAGCCUGCAGGCCUCUCACAACCUCCGCAGCUUCUUCCAGGACAAACCCAGCAGCUGGCCGAAGCGAUGUCCGGACAACUACAGCAAGCACCUAGCCACCAUCGACGGCGGCUGCCAGAUCGACUACUGCGUCCAGACGGGGGCUCUGGCAGGCCCCGUGCUGCCCCCGGUCAAGCGCCCCCCGUUCAUGCCCUCUCCCGCCCUCCCACCCCCCGACAAGGACACGCUCAUCGUCUUUGACCCUUCGACCCGCACCUGGCACAAGAACGAGAAGGCCCAGGCCCUGAUGGCAGAGUUGACCAAGUCCAAGGGUGCGUCCGUGACGGACUCGUCGACUGAGUCGCCUUCCCGUUCCGGUUCCACCGUGUCGUUGAGCGCAGGCGCCGCUGCUGGCAUCUCGGUGGCGGCCACGCUGGCCUGCGUCGUCAUAGCAACGCUUGCUGUCCUGGCAGUGCGUGCUCGUCGCAGGCGGGGCGCCGAGGGCUACCGGAGGUUGCCGAACUCCAUCUUCGACGAUCGUGGACAGAGUUACGGCUCGGUGAACGCCCAGUCGUCGGCUGUUGGAGGUGACUCUGCUGUCGUCGUCGUCCCCCCUGAGCAAUAAAGCUUCACGUGGAUGUCCUGCUGCUAGUCGGGCUGUCAAGUCCUGAUUCUUCCAUGUAGUCGCCUUUCUUUUUAAAUUUGUAUUCGCUUCUGUGUAUUCGGGUAUUUACAAAUAUUAAUACCACCUUGUAGACUUGUGAGCUCCUCCGUGUGCAGUGUCACAAACUAUAUGACAGGUAGAAAUAAUAGUAUACAUCACAAUGUAUUUUCUCAGCUAAAGUUGCAUGACAGAUGGCAUAUGACAAUUUUUGUUCUUUGUAUUUUAAAUUUUUCAGCAUAAUUUUUACAAGGUCUUUUGACUGAAGCACACACAUAAAGCAAAUAAACACAUUCACGAUCAUCUCCUGAUAAAUAUUUGCACACUAGAGUUGGCUUUGAAAGCAUUCUAGAAGUUUUAUGUUAUUUUUUGACUAAUUAUCGUUGGACACACCUGUACAUACCUUGUCCGUGACAUGAUUUAUUGCAUCUGCCUUUUCCAUAUGUUAGCCAGUCUCAUGUUAAUCCAUUGUUUGUCUUUUGGAUAUAGAGAGGUUUCAUUUCAAAUUUCGAUGAAAUUAGUGUUUAGCAAUCACUUUCGCGAGUUUUGGAAGAAAGGGUAUCAAAUGAAACAUGAAGAUCGUGGAUGAUAAAUAUAUUGUGUUCAGUUUUUAAAGCAAGAUGUUUUUUGUACUGUUAUUUUAUAUCUGCACAAGCAGCACACUUUGGUAUUUUCAUAUUUUUACUGUUUUUCAGAAUAUUUGUCUUUAAUGACAGUCAUUGUUAAUGAUUUAUUCGUUUUUUUAAGAUGGCUUUUUGCUUCUUGCUUUAUAACGAAAAAGGUGCUGCCUCGAUUCAAAAAUGUAAUAAAGAAAAGUAAAAUGACA